AUGGCGAAAUCUGAGCCAAGCGAAAAGCUGCAUAUCAGCGAAAAGCCCAUCACGUUCAGUAACUGGUACCAGCACGUCAACUGGGUCAACACAACCCUCAUCCUCAUCGUACCCGUCGGUGGCGUCGUCGCUGCAUUCUAUACACAGCUUAGGGCGAUCACAGCUGCCUGGGCAGUUCUCUACUACUUCUGGACUGGAUUGGGUGUCACAGCUGGCUACCACCGUCUGUGGGCGCACAGAUCUUACGAAGCUGGCCUUCCGAUUAGGAUAUUCCUCGCUUGUGUCGGCGGUGGCGCCGUCCAAGGCUCUAUCCGGUGGUGGAGCAGUAAGCACAGGGCACACCACCGAUGGACUGACACAGUCAAGGACCCAUACAGCGUCAUGAAGGGUCUUUGGUAUUCGCAUUUUAUGUGGAUGGUUCUAAAUCAGAAUCCAAAGAACCGUGGCAGGACUGACAUCUCCGACUUGAACGAAGAUCCGGUGGUCGUCUGGCAGCACAAACACUAUGGAUCUGUCAUCUUGGUCUUCGGGAUGUUGUUCCCUAUGCUCGUUGCUGGUCUGGGAUGGGGUGACUGGAAGGGUGGUCUUGUGUAUGCUGGAAUUCUUCGGUUUUCAUUUGUGCAGCAAGCGACCUUCUGCGUCAAUUCUCUCGCCCAUUGGCUGGGUGAGCAGGUCAGUCAUUGUCCAUACCCUGUUCUUUCGUAUUCCCUAACAUAUGUUAGCCAUUCGAUGAUAGGAACUCCCCCCCGUGACCACGUCAUUACAGCGCUCAUCACUCUCGGCGAAGGCUACCACAACUUCCACCACGAGUUCCCCUCCGACUACCGCAACGCCAUCGAAUGGUGGCAGUAUGAUCCCACAAAGUGGUCGAUCUGGGUGUGGAAACAGCUCGGUCUGGCAACCAACCUUAAGCAGUUCCGAGCCAACGAAAUCGAGAAGGGCCGUGUGCAACAACUACAGAAGAAGCUCGACCAGAAGCGCGCUAGGCUUGACUGGGGUGUUCCUCUAGAACAGCUGCCUGUUGUUGACUGGGACGAUUUUAUUGCAGAAGCUCAGAGUGGCAAAGCUCUAGUUGCCAUUGCUGGUGUUGUUCACGAUGUGACUGGGUUUAUCAUGGAACACCCUGGUGGUAAAACCCUCAUUUCAUCGGCCAUUGGUAAGGAUGCCACUGCUAUGUUCAACGGUGGUGUCUACACUCAUUCUAAUGCUGCUCACAACCUUCUUUCCUCGAUGCGAGUUGGGGUAAUUCGCGGUGGUGGUGAGGUUGAGAUUUGGCGUCACCGAAACAACCAGAAGGGAGUUUAUGCGUGA